AUGACCGGCAAACACAACAUCGAGACCAUCGACACCGUCCCCAAGGGAUCGCUGGGGUCUCGCAUUGGCGCCUUCUGCCGUCGUUUCUGGUGGCUGCUGGUCAUCAUCUUCGUCAUAGUCGUCCUGGUCAUCGUCCUUCCAGUUAUAUUCGUCGCAUACCCCAAACUGGCGCAGGAAGAUGUCUCUGCCUCCACCCUCACCAUCGCAGACAUGCAGACCACCAACCCAAGACCAGAUGCGCUCCACGUCAAGGUCACCCAGGUCAUCGGCUCCAAGUCAAAGUACCACCCUACUCUCGACCCCUUCGAGGCCAAGGUCUACCUCGAAGGCCAGCAGGAGUCCUUCAUGACCCUCCACACUCCCCAGGUCAAGGCCGACGACGGAGUCAAGGCCAUCAUCGACCAGGACGUCAAGAUCGAGAACUCAGAGGGCUUCUCUGCUUUCUCCAAGGCCAUCAUGCUCUCCAAGGAAGUCAAGCUCAACAUCGUCGGCACAACCAAGCUUAAGCUCGGUGGCCUGCAGAAGACAGACGUCGACUACGACAAGACCACCACUCUCAAGGGAAUGAACCACCUCGAGGGCUUCAACAUCACCGAUAUCAAGAUCGGAAAUAUCCCAGACACCGAAUUCAACAUGAAGGGCAACGCCUUCAUUCCCAACCCUUCAGUCCUUACCCUGGACAUGGGCAACCUCACCCUUAACCUGGCUGUCGACGGCCACCCAAUCGGCUACUCUGUCCUCCACGACGUCGUCAUCAAACCAGGAGACAACAACAUCCCCAUGCAGGCCAAAGCAGACCUCGCCUACGUUCUCAAGCAGACCGGCAAGGAAAGCAAAUACUCCAACGGCAUCGUCCCCGUCACUAUCCUCGGCAACUCCAGCGUCGCCCACGGCAAGGAACUACCAUAUUACACCAAGGCGCUCGCCGCAAACACCCUCAAGGUCGACCUCAACGUCCCCGCCAUCCUAAGUGGAGGAAAAUAA